CUGACUGGCUAACUGGCUGGCUGGCAGUCGGUUCGAGAGAGUGUCAGCUUCAGUCCAAUAUUGGUCGUGAAUAGAAAUAGACAAAAAACAGCGCGGCGCGUGCUGUGUUUCUCCGCUCCGGUGUCGCGAAAAAACGAAAAACAACCGUGCCAGAAGUCGUCCUCUUCGCUUCGGCUGGAACCAGAGUUGCCGGAUUGCCGAAAGUGUAGAGGAGCAGGCGCGCACGCAUGCACGCACGCACGCUGUGUAUCCUCCAUUAUCGUCGGUAAUCCCCUCGUCGAACGACCGCGAAGAGUGACCCCGCCAGUCAGUGUGCCUUCCGCCGUGCCAAGUGUCAUUCCGGGCUAGUGUCUUUGUGUGUGUGCCAUAUGUGUGAUUGUUUUGUUGGCGAGUUUUUCCAUUGUGUUUACCUUUGGCACCUUACCCUGCACAGUGCGACACGACGACGAUAUUCACUUGACACGUUGCCACGGAAAUGGAUUCUCAACUGCUGGAGCUGUUUCUAAGAUGAUAAGAAAGUCCAACCCAAGAAAAAAACACUCUCAAGUCUUUGAAAUGAAGUUUUCCUAAACCAAAUGCAACAAUCAUUUCAAGCGUUCUAACCAUUCCGAAACGUACCUUGAAGCGUACCCAAAACAGUACGAAGCAAAUGGUGACAGUGUGUGAGUGUGUCGAAUUACUACUGCCAUACUCUCUCAAAUACUUCUGCUGCCGCAGCGACAUCGGCAACGACGGCCACUGUGAACGGCAAACCAAUGAUUUUGGCUGCUGCGGUUCCGGAGAUACUAAAGCCGUCGCUCCAUUCAUGAACUGUCAAACCUGUCUCUGUCAACAACAGCAUCUAUCGUAAAUAAUCGGUAAUCGAAACUCACAUCAACACACCGGAUACGUCCAGGUGGCAACGUCGUUUGUCACCAAGCAAAUCACUAAUAACAUCAAUUUGCUUACUAAAACAUCACACGAUCCUCAUCGAAGCAGGCGAAGCAACACGUCCGUAGAAGCAUUUGAAUGUCACUCAGUCGUUACAUCCAUAGUUGAAGUCAAUUUCGCCACACACAAACCUGAAAGAAGUGCAAUUAUAGUGUUUUAUAAAAAGAAAAAAUACGAACACCAAACAUCCUAAGCAAACAGCUCCUUACUGCAAUCAACUUGCUAAAAUAGAUCGCAAAACUAACGUUAUCUACUUCAUCGCAACCUGUUGGCACACGCGGUCGUCAUCCGGCUAACUUUACGAACCCGUCAAGGUUUUACCAUAAAGGAUUUCCAAUGUUAAAUAGCCAACAGCAAUCACCGGCAGCCUCACAGCAGCAGCAACAGCAGCAGCAGCGUCACACGCCGAACAGCCAUUCGCCAGACCAGCACAGCAGCCACAGCUAUUUCAUAUUCGACGAGCUGAAUUCGGCCCUGGCAGCCGAGCGAAACAACAACAGCGCUACGAAAAACAGUGCCCAAAAUCUGGUCCUGGCGGCCGCCAGCAAUAAUGAUAGUAUCAUCGCCAAGAUCAAUCAGAUCAACAGUACCCAUCACAGUGCUAACGCCGGAAGUGCACGAACUGCAAAUACCGGCUCCGGUACCGGCCUGUCGUCGCCGUCAUCCGCCACCGGAGGUGCCUCGUCACAAACCUCCAUCUCGUCCGUAUCGUCCUCGAGCGGAACCGGCGGAAUCAUGUCCCAACAGCAGCAGCAACAGCACCAUCAAAUCAUGUCCGCACUGGCGCAGCAAAAAUCACCCUUUAGUCAGCGCUUUUCCUAUGGCAACACUGUUGGAACGAACAGCAGUGGGGGAACCAGCACUGUUAACAGUGCGGCCAGUCAAGCAUUCCAGAAUCAGCAAACCACAUUCGCGCAGUUCGGAGCCUACAGUCAGACACAGCCCACUACACUGCUUCAGCAGUCCCAGCAAGCGUCCUCGCUGCAGCAGAAGACUGGUUUCGCAACCGGAACUACCACAACCACCACCACAACCAAUGGCGGCAGUACGGUUAGUGUCGGCGGCGGCGAUAACUACCACUUCAAGACGCUGGUCCCGUCGGUGGCCGCCGGUGCAAUCAUCGGGAAAGGUGGCGAAACGAUCGCCUCCCUGCAGAAGGAUGCCGGAGCGCGGGUGAAAAUGUCCAAGGCACAUGACUUCUAUCCCGGAACAUCCGAACGCGUCUGUCUCAUUAGCGGUACAGUCGAUGGCAUAUUGACUGUGCUCGAUUUUAUCAUUGAUAAGAUUCGCGAGAAGCCCGACAUGACCAAGGCACUGACCGACGCCGACGCCAAGCAGGCGGCCGAGCGCGACAAACAGGUCAAGAUUUUGGUCCCGAACUCGACGGCCGGUAUGAUCAUCGGCAAGGCCGGGGCCUACAUCAAACAGAUCAAGGAAGAAUCGGGUUCGUACGUCCAGAUCUCGCAAAAGCCGAAAGAGCUCACACUGCAGGAGCGCUGCAUCACGAUCAUCGGCGAGAAGGAGAACAACAAGAUUGCAUGCAAGAUGAUCCUGGCGAAGAUCAUCGAAGAUCCCUCAUCCGGCUCAUGCUUGAACGUAUCAUACGCAGACAUCAACGGACCGGUGGCCAAUUUCAACCCCACUGGUUCGCCAUUUGCCGCCUCACAGAAUCCCACUUUCAGCUCCAGUACCGCAUCAUUAAAUUCCGCACUGAGCGGCACACUGCCCGGGGCAUCCGCGGCCGGUUUACUGGUCAACGGCACCGGACUGAAUCUGUCAUUAAAUCUAGGUGCACCUUCACCACAAACUAAUCCUACAGUUACCACACAAUUGCUUGAACAUAUUAAGGGUGCCAUGAGACAGUCCGGCUAUUCCGACACGGCAACCACUGAAGUGCACGCAGCGUUAGCCGUUCUUGCCAAGUACGGAGUGCUGGGUAUCGGCGUCGGUUUGCAGAAUGGAACCCACACAACCCCGCUGAGCUUCCUGGGGGUGCCAGAGCUGCAGCAAUCGACCGCAGCAGCGGCAGCGUCGGCGGCUAGUGGAGUAUAUGGUGCAGUAGGCCAACUGAAUCUGGACUCCUACCUGCAUGGUGCUGGCACCGCGACGCCCCGUACCUCAUUGGAACGCUACGACGCUACCUUCGAUCCGUUCCGACAUCCAGGAACGCAAGCCGCCACACCGAUCUCUAUCAACAACAAUGCAUUCGGUCUGACCAGUGCUACCGCUCUGAAUGCUGCAGCAGCUGCUCAAACGCUCGGAUCGCUCAGCAAGAGUCCGACACCGGCCGAGAUGACCACCAGCAAGGAGAAGAACGUGGAGAUCCCCGAAGUGAUCGUUGGUGCCAUCCUAGGUCCCGCCGGUCGCAGCCUAGUCGAGAUCCAGCACCUGUCCGGGGCGAACAUUCAGAUUUCCAAGAAGGGCAUCUUCGCCCCGGGUACCCGCAACCGCAUCGUCACCAUUACCGGUGGCCCGAACGCCAUCAACGUCGCUCACUAUCUGAUCGAGCAGCGGAUCCAGGAGGAGGAAGCGAAGCGCGCCUGCCAGACGACUGCCGGAGCAGCCGGCAAAACGGCCGCCGCCACCGUGGCGGCCGUUACGCAGUGAAUCCCUUCGUGCCCCCUGCGCCCCCCUGAACACAUUCAACCAACUACACAUACAGACACAAACAAACAAACAAACUCUACAGCUAGAUAUGCAACAUUUGAACGUGUUCGUGUGUGAGUAGCGUGUGUGUGAUCGAUCGCGCAUGCUUUCGCCAGGUUUUGUGGAUGUGCAAGCGCGAAGCGAGCGCGCGGAAGUGUCGUUUAAUAAUUACGAAGAAAUAAUUGUUAUUUUAGUAGUUAAUUCAAGAUUUAAAGCAGAAAAUUUUAAGCUCAGUUGAGGGAAGGAGUAGAAAAUGCAACUGAAGAAAAUAUAUAUGAUAGAUGACAAGUGAGAGAGAAAAACAAACACAUGCACACACGCGCACACACACACAUGCGAUACGUUGUAGGUAAAAUCGAAGAUCAUCAACCCCCUCAAACACACACACACAUCCAAGCGAAUAGAUCAGUCCGAAUGUGAGUGACAAACACCCACACUGUUGUACGGGAUAGACCGCUUCCCCGAAUUACGUACUAAUUUGUUUCGUUUCUGUUCAGAUCCUACGGUUCUUUGUUUCUUCGGGAGUUCUUAUUUGCAAUUUUUGUCAUUUGAUUUUAUUAUUUUUACAUAUUUUAAGAGAUGUUUUUAGGUUUUUAUAUACAUAUUCAUAUUUCAUAUAAAACGGGCCAGGCCUAAAGAUUUUUUUUAGCUAUUAGCGAAUGUAAUGUGAAAAUCGAAAAGAGCCUCACUAUACUACACAUGCAUAAAUGCAAACAAAUACAUACACAUACACACACAUAUAACACACCGUUUUCCGCGGAUCGGCAAACCGUGUUUCGGCAGUCCGUCGACUUAGUGUCCCGUUCGGGUAGAGAUUUACUAAGUAGUAGAAAAGGCACUCUAUAAUACUAGUAGACGAUAGAUGAUUGGAUAAACAAACAAACAAACAAACAGUUAAGCAAAAAAUGUUUAAACCGAAUUAGUUCGCGUCGCUGUCUCAUUUUGCCAUUCAGUCGAAGCGAAGCACCACGGGCCUGAAGAAGACCGAUCCCUCAUUUCGUUUUGUUAUGUCUUGAAAAUGCAUUGUUAAAUGUUAGCACACGUAUAUUCUCAAACACAUACAUACAAACACACAUACACACACGCGCAUACAAUGAUCGCAGUUUGUCGAUUGUCUGCGAAUAACACAACCGUUGUUGCGGAGAAGUGCAGAUAGAAUACAUGUUGUAACGCAGUCAUAGUGAAUAAAAGAAAGUAGGAAACAACUAGGUAAUUGCGAAAGGGUAAAGUCUAACCACUUUUUACUAGUUAACAGUUAGUAACUUUAGUUCGCGGAAGAGAAACACUAUAUUUAACCUAAAGAAGAAUGUUUCUCUUGUUUUAUUUUUAAAAUAGUGGCAAACCAACAAAGAUUUGUUAAUAUAUACGUUAUGUUGGCGUCAGGUCAAUCUUUCCCUUUUUAAUUAUUAAUAAUCCACUAUUAGACAACAAGUAAAUGAAACGAAAAACAAGGCAAAGGCAUGUGCAAAGCUGUAAUUUUAACUUGUUUUAAAUGUUUAAUUGCAAUCUGUUAAUGUUAAACCAAAAAGACGAUUUUCUUCAUAAAACCAUUUUACAAACUUCACAGGAGUUCGUAGAUUUUAGCAAACAGAUGCAAAGACAAGACGAAAACCAUUUACACCACUUACAACAGACAUACACACACAUACACGCACGUAUAAUUAUAUAUGUAAACAAUGUCAUCACAGUUAUCUACUAUCUGUCACAUUUUUCCUCGAUCGUGCUAUUUAUAACUGUCACAUCACUUUCAGAAGCAACACACAGCAAACUGCUGAACUGUUAUUGCUACUAGUACUGUAUCGUUACAUUUCUAGCAAUCCAUCCUUGCAGAUCCCAGCAGCAUUCAAUAUUUCCGAUGCACCUUGUUUUCAAGUCAAUACGAUAAACAGACAAACAAACAAACAAACAUACAGAAAGAAAGAACUUCUAUUUAUAGCCAAUUACCAUUAACCGUUAAUAAUCUAGUUUAGUUUACGCGAAAGGAAGAAAAAAAAAGUAUAACUAUACAAUAGUGAUAUACUACUAUUAGAAGGAAGGAUAGAAAAAGGAGGAACCGCAGCGGGAGCUUGUAAAGUUGUUAGCAACCAAAACCCUUUUUUUCUGUACGACUAAAAGCAGCAGCAGGAUUGAAUUAAUGGAAAAUAUACGGGAUAAAACGAAUUACCAAUCACAAACAAACAAACAAACAAACGAAACCGCUUAGGCUUGCGAUUAUUUUAGUUUUUAGUUUCCAACAAACUCAUUCGUCGCUUGCUUCAUUCAUCAUCGGUUGACUCCAUCGCAUCGCCACACCCGUUUGCAUCCAAUCAUUAGAGAAGCUAUUAUAGGACAGAGGAGGAGGAGGAGCGCGCGCGUAUGUUUUCGAGUUUUUUUUUUUGCCCGACUUACAUCGACCCACAAGACACAAAUCCUUGUAAAUAUGUAAUUCGCUAUAUUUUACGACAAAGUUUCAAUUGACAGUUUGUUUCCCCCCGUAAUCACAGAUGAGAAAGAUAGAGAGAGAGAAAAAAAUAUUAAAACUUAAUGCCGGAAGCCUACACUAGAGCAAAACAGAUAGUACAAUGUUAAAAAAACAUUACGUUUGAAAAAAGAGAUGACGAUGAGGAAGAUAGAACAAACAAAAAAAAAAAAAACAUCACAGCAGAGAGCGGAGGAGAACCACAGUCCAGUUAGGUAAUGAAACAAAACAAACUCUAAGGGGAGAGGAGUUCUUGUAGUAGGACGUUCUCUUCGAUUCGAUAGUUUCACUAUUAAUCCGCAUUCAUUAGCACUACUAACCACCACUUUCACCAACCACCAACCGCCGAAAGACCUUGUUACUGGGUGCUUGUUGUCCCUGCUGUCGUCCGUUGCUUUGGAGUUUUACGAAGAGCCUGCACCCACUGGUUCUUUUCUGGAGGAUAUCUUUGGCUUUAAAAAGUUUUCCUUUUCUUCGACUAGAGACUCUAAUCGCUUAUGUCAACUGCGAUAUUUCUUUUAAAGUUCAAAAAUGAAGCACUGUCUUCCUUGAGUCAAGUGCAUAGAUUGUUCAAAAAGCUUUGUUGAACAAGUUCGUCAAUAAUUUCGGAGCUGGUUUCUCAAAAAUUUUAUCAACUUGUGCUAAGCGAGUUGAAACAGUCUUAUGAACUUUAUAUCUAAUAAUUGGAGCAGGAUGCGCGUUGUACGAGACGUUGUACCUAUGCUUCCUAUAUUUACGUUGGCGGUAGGAAGUUUCACCUUUAUUUACAUUUUUCUGGUUGAAGCAUUAGGGCACCGACGUCCGUUAAACGUUUUUCUGUGGUAUAGACAGUGACAGAUUCCAAUCCGGGGUAAUAACGAUUUAUAAACACAAUUACCCGAAUCGGUGAUGCAGACACUAUCGCUGAGCUCAGGCCAUUCUGGAUCUGGAUCUGGAAUGCUUUGGUUUUUCCAGUAGCAUCUGACAGGAUCUGGACCUUAGACAAACCGAAUACCGACCAUUCGGUUUGGGGAUUCGAUUCUAGGAGCAUAUUUCAAGGGGGUUGAGAAGGUGGAAAAUAGUUUAAAAAACGAUUUGCAAUAUCAUUUCAAAUCAAAAGUAGCCGAACACAGUAGUGUCAAGGAGAACCAUUCGAUAAUAUCUUCGGAGAACAUCCAUCUUCUUUGCAGCUAUAACAAUGAGUUGAGAAUUAGAUGACACUGAAAGCCUGCAAAUAGUUAAAGAGAUAGUAGAACUUAAAGGAAUUCAUCUACGAUUUGUUCUCGGUUAAACGAAUAAUAAUGUUGGUACUAAAUAACCUCUGGCCAUGAAUUAUAAAGUUAUGAAAUAUUUUAAUACCUAUAAUUAUAGGAUUGAAAAUAAGAUUAAAAUGAAAAAAAGCUACGUUCAUUAGGAUUCAAUG